AUGUUCGGGGCUAAAAGCGGCAUCACACGCAGCCAAUCCAGUUCGGCACCACCAUCUCCUCACGCCCAGGCAUUCUCUAGAGAAACGGCGACCAAGUCCACACCGGGGCCUAUGGAGCGCGAGGAGGUCAAGGUCGCUGUGGCCACCUACAGCGUCCAGCGUCGCGUCCUCGAGACGCUGCUUAACGCUCUCCAAGCCAGUCUCCGAGAGGAGCACGCCCUGGACCUGAAGAGGUUCAGGAGGUCGCUCAAAGACCAGGCCUUCGACGCGCGCUGCGCCCAACGGCGCCGCCAGGGCUCGGGCAGAAAACGGGACGCACGCAGCUGCCACUGCCUCGACGGGCGCGCCUCGUGCGAGGAGCGCGUCCUCUCGGCCUGCAACUACGUCCACCAGAAGCUGGCGACGGCCAUGUUCAUGGUCCAGCUGGCUCGGGAGAGAGGCAAGGCCGCCAAGGAGGGGCUGGAUCAGCUCGAGGGGCUGAGGAGGGAGUUUGGCGGCUGGAUCGUGCCGGCGAGGAACGGGGGCGUUCGGGAGGGCGACUGCGCGAGGCAGAUGAAUAUGGUGCUCGUCGACUGGGGUCUCGCGGACGCCGCCGGCGAGGAGAGCGGAAGACGAUGGGAGGACGACCUCCGGGACAUGGUCAGGCUGAGCGUCGGCCGGGAGAGGGACGAGAGGGCGAGGAAGGCGAGGCUGGCGGCGCCGGACGAGAUGGCGGAGAGGACGGGGAGGAUCUCGGCGUGCACGCGGCCAAGAAGGCUGUCGGUGAUCUCGGAGUCGUCGGACGAGGAGUGA